AGAGGAUGGCGAGGGGUACAUCGUGAUGUUUGUAGGAUAGAUAAUACAGCAUUAUAACUCCUGCCGUUCAGCUCAGAGUUAUCCGGACACUGCUUGUAGUAUUGUGGGGUUUUUUUUCCUAUUCCUUUUUAAAAUUUUAGCAGCUGGAGGUCAUGAAUAAGUACGGCGGAGAGCUAAGUGAGAGGGAGAGGGAGCUGCUGUUAAUCCGCAGGGCCAGCGGAGCUAAAGCCUCUCAGCUAGCUCACAUGGAGAAGAUGCUGCAGGAGACCAAAGGCAUGCUGGACAAGAAGAACGAGAUGGGUAUGGACAAAAAAGCUUGCGGCGACACUAUGGUGUCUGAACUGGAGGAGAAGGUCCAGCGCAGUAAACGUGACCGGCGUAACUCUCUGCACCGCACUCAGCUGCUGGAGAGCCAGAUGAAGACGGUGCGGGGGGAGCUAGUGGACACGCUGGACCACCUGCAGGCGCUGCGGGACAAGCUCCGGCGCUCCCAGGAGAAAGCAGAGGAGCGCAAAGCCGCCAUGGAGAGACUCACCGCGGAGCUCAGGUGAUUCUUCAGGCUCCGUCCAGCCAUCCUGACCUUCGUCCUGUCCGGUGUGAUGCCCUACCCACCUGCCAACACUAGACACAGACAGACUGUGCUGCUCUUGUGCUAUUUCACCUAAAACAAAGACUGUGUAGGCUCUUCCUCUGCUUUUCCACACCACACGCUCCAGAAGAGGUAAAGCUUUUUGUGCUCACUGUCUGGUCAUUCCAUACCCCCUGGAUUUUAGUUGUGUCUGAGCAAAACAUCACUGACCGGCUGAUUGCUGCUCUAUUUAUUCCCAUGUGCUCCACAUCCUCAGAAAAUCUUCUGAACUUGACCGUUUCUCUGCAAAAACAGCAGCUGCGUUUACAGUGUUCGAAAUUCUCCGGCUGACUGAUGUUGACAGUAUGGCAGAGAAAUCAGUGAAGUUUAUUAAUGUUUAAUCUAAUUUCUCACCGUCCAGCGUUCUAAUCAUGCCUUCAACUUGUUUGAGGUUACCCUCUUAUUCUCCAGGGUAUGUUUUGGUUUGUCUGAAUUUUUGUGACCAAAUCGUCAGGCAAAUUAUUCAGUAA